UUGUACAGGGUGUCCAGAAAGGGUGGGGGGUAUUUGUAUCGGCUUUGUCCGGGUAACGGCUCGAUUGGUGGGGGGGUGGAUAGGAUAGCGUGCUCCGCCAUGAUUUGGAGAUUCAGUAACCAUGGAAGAGUACCCGGGAAACCAUCGUGCGUUUUGCAUACGCGCUUAUUAUCGCAAUGGUGAUUCGAUAGUGUCAGCUCAACGUUUAUAUCGUGCAGAAUUUCAUGUACGGAAUGCACCGAAGGACGAUACCAUCAGAAAAUUGAUUCGAAUGUUUGAGAAUACCGGUUCGAGUGUGAAAAUUCACCAUCCAGGUCGCCCACGCUCUGUUCGAACCCAACAAGCGAUUGAAGAAGUGAGAGUUUCAGUGCGACAAAAUCCGUCUCAAUCAGUUCGCAAACGAGGCCAAGGCCUUAGCAUUAAAAAAUCGUCGUUGUACACUAUUUUGAAAAAAGAUUUUAAUGCGGAGACAUGGUUUCAACCAGAUGGGGCGACUUGCCACACUUCAAACCAAUCGCUUGCGGUUGUCAAUCAACUUUUCCCAGAAAAAGUGAUCUCUCGUCGAGGAACCAUCAACUGGCCUCCGAGAAGCCCCGAUCUGACACCCCUUGAUUAUUUCAUGUGGGGAUACAUUGAGCAGAAAGUGUACGAAAAUAAACCACCAACUCUACUGCAACUGAAGCACAAUAUCCGCACCGAAAUGGCCGCCAUUUCGGGAGAGAUGUGUAGACGCGUGGUGGCUAAUUUCCGAUUUCGUUUGGAGGAAUGCCAGCAAAGCGAGGGUCAACAUUUGGACAACAUAAUCUUGGCCAAUUAAUUUUCCAAUAUCUUCUGUAAAAUUUAAUAUAUAUAUAUUUUUUUCUGACUUGUGGUUUGUUUUUAAUUGAAUUUACAAAUACCCCCUACCCUUUCUGG